AUGUUGUGGGGGAAAUAAGGAGGAGGAAAGUGCGUUGGAUAUGUUUACUGCCUUGCAUUAUUUUGAAAAAUAAUAAAGGCAGACUUAGAUAACUUUAAGUGGGAUUGCAUUCCAGAAGUAUUAGUGAUUGCCAAAAUGUCUGCAAAUUGUGGUCAAGAAAAAAUACGAUGGAGUACUACAAUCAUUCUGAGUUCAUCUUUCCAGAGUCAUGAAAUUUCAACAACCUUACAAAAUCAGCAACACCGGGUUCGUUAUUCAGAUUCAGUGGAAGAUGGAUCUAUUAUUUUCUCACUUUCUGGUGUUGCAUUUUUGCUUGCCGACACUCAAGAUUUGCUAUUGACAAACAGCAAAGUCAUUUUUGAAAGAAUAAAAAAGUUCAUGACCAUUCACAGAAAUGGAUUUUUACUUUUAUCAGCUGCCCUUCAUGGACCAAAAGAAUGGGAAGUGAUGUUCAGAAUUCAGCAGAGGUUUUUAAGCAGUAAUUUACGGAUAGUUCCAGUCCAUAAUUCUGCUGAAGCUGUUAAAUUAAUGUUGACCAUAGCAAAGACUUCUUCAAAACCCUAUCUGGACAACAUUCACGACAGAAUGCUAAUGGCAAAGACACAGAUUAUAGAACAAAGCCCUGUUUGGAAAAUGCUUCAUCACAGUCAAUUGCACUGAAGUUAAACACCAUCCAAAUUAUUCAAAAAUUUGACCAUGUUUAUUUUGUGCUUUAAAAAAAACAUA